CUGUCCCUGCCCCACUGGUAACUGUCGCCGGAGCACGAACCCUCCACAACACACCGCGCUCCCCCACAUAGCGCUACUUAGCCCCCGUUAUACCGCGCAAGGCCCAGAAUCCGAAGCAGGCCUAAAGCGCGCGCGAACCUCUCUCUCACCGCCACAGCAAGCGCCUCCUCUCCUCGCCCCGCCCCUUCCUCCCUUACGUAACACGCCUCUUCCGGCCUACGACUACCGGCGCGCGCAAAAACAAUUUUAAAAAAAUAAACAUUAAACACACACACACACAUCCCUCGGAUAAUUUUAUGAUGAAAAAGGGGGGGAAACCAAGCUCCCCGUAGAGGAGGGGCUUCUGGUGGAAGAGAUUGAAUAGCUCCAGCGCGCAUGCGCAACGGAGAGGCCGAGCCGUACUGUGGCUGGGUGAAGGAGCGAGAGGCGACAACCAUAGAGACCAGCAUCGAAGAGUGAGGACGGGAUAGAACGGUCGCUGGUUGGCUGGGAUGGCGGCGCUGAUGGGUCGCCGUUUCUUGUCUUUCCGCGGCUAUGCUGUCCACCUGCCAAGGCGCGGCUACCGGGGAGAUUCCCCGUCCGACUCUGGUCGGGACCUGUUGGAGAUCCCGCUGCCGCCCUGGCAGGCCCGGCCCCACGAGCCCCUGGAGAAGAAGCGCGCCCGGCUGCUGUACGAGAGCCGCAAGAGGGGCAUGCUGGAGAACUGUCUCCUGCUCAGUUUCUUUGCUAAAGAAAAUCUGAACCGAAUGAAUGAGAAACAGUUGAACCUUUAUGAUCGCUUGAUUAAUGAACCCAGCAAUGAUUGGGAUAUCUAUUACUGGGCAACAGAAGCCAAGGUUGCUCCAGAAAUCUUUGAGAAUGAAGUCAUGGAGAUGCUUAGGGAAUUUACCAAAAACAAGAACAAAGAGAAGAGACUGCAACAGCCAAAUCUGGACUAUCUCUUUGAAGAACAACGCUGAUCUUUUGUGACCUUCUCCAGAAGCCCUAUUGUGGACAGUAUUUGAAACUUAGAACCAUGUGGUGAACUGGGGCCUCCCUAAAAUGUUUCAUGCUGAGUAUUGAUUUUGGGAAUUUCUUCUUGUUCUUCAUGAUGUGUUUCUCUGUAAUAAAAUUGCAAGGCUUUUUUCCUGAUGACAAACUAAAAUGUUUAAAAUGUAGAGAUACUGUUUUUGACUCGCAAUUCACUUCAGCAAAUGCCAUCUAUAUAUAACUGCAGGGUGGCUGUAUAUAAUCAGAGGGUACUGUGGAAUGUUUUGGGGUUUUUAGAAAUACUUCUGGUUAUUAUUUAUUUAUUCAUUAUUAAUUUAAUUUGUUUGAUCCUACAGUACCUGUAUAGUCUUAUACCAUGUGAAGAGGAUUAUUUCUCUCCCCAAAGUGUACAAUCUAAUGAGAAUAAUGUAUUUAUAGAUAUGUGUACUAGUCUUUGUACUAUACAUCUGUUUCCAUAUAUGAGAUCCUGGAUGGACACCAUCCUUUCUGUAACCUAACACAGGCCUUGACAAAUUUUCUUUGGAUCUAGGAGCUAGCCUAGAAAUUCAGUAGCCAGAUAAUAGAAAGUUGACAAAAUUACCAGAUCUAGUGAUCAGGGGCUGAGGUAGAAGGGUGUGCUCAUUCCCUCAGUAAAGGGCAUGUAAAAAGUAAAAGCCCGGGGAGAAAACUUGGGCUUCCUGGCAGGGCAGUACCAGGAUCAGACCCGAUCUCCGUGCUCCACAUCAGCAGCCCUACCGGGUGGGUAGGGCUGUGCAAGCCCAGGUAGGACUGCUUGUGUGAACAGCCCCGCAGUUUGCUCUUAAUGUUGCACAGCUCCAGCAUAUCUGAUACAUUAAAUUUACAUUCCUUAGUUGGAGCAACAUACCAAUUACAGAGAACUUAUUUAUGAAGUUUACAGAAACUUGGAGAGAACAAUUGCAACAAAGAGUUUUUUCUAGGGUUGAUGUAGCUGUUGACUACAUCUUGUAAGAGGUAAAUGUCAGAACAAAUCUCUUCUAUGGUCAGCACUGGCGCUGUGUUAUCUAACCAGAUAGGGGGGUUGGUCAUUGCAUCAUGCCAUCAUAUAUAUCUUGGCAUGUUAAUUAGAUAUGUAGCCUUCACUUUUGAAUUUAUUCGAUGAUAAAUAACUGAACUAGUAAUUUUGCAGAUGUAAAAGAAUUCACAUACUUGUGCUGUAGCAGAAAGUUGCACUGAGAUUUUAUUCAAUAAACUAGUAUUUGUAAGCCCGUUUUAAUAACGGGCUCUAGUGGGGGGGGGUGCUGCUCUUGGCCUCACCUUGGGCUGCCAGCGGGCCCAGUCCCCCGCUGCGGCCCCUGCCAAGCGGGGCCAGUCUUCUCCCUUUCUCUUGCCCUUUUUUUCCCUCUCUCUCUUUCACUCCUUCCUUUCUUCUCUCUCCCUCUCAGGAGGCGGAGGAACAGCAGCAGCAGCGGGGCUGGCUGGGUAAGGCGAGGGGCCGGGCUUGGCUCGGCUCGGCUCAGCAGGGCAAGCGGCACUCGUGGGAAAGCAAAGCAAGGCAGGAGGCCACAGUGGGUUCCCUUUGUGUGGCCGCGGAGCUGCUGGCAGGGUCCCUUCCCUUCUUUGCUUCUUCCUCCCCAGAAGAGGCUAGUUGUGUCGUUCCCUUCACACCCCUGAGCCGCCCACCGACCUCCUCCGCCUCCGUCUCUGCUCCCGCGGGCCCGUCUUUUUACUUUUUUUUUUCUCCCCGCCGGGGUUUUUUUUUUUUUGGUUCCCCGCUGCUCUCCCAGUUCCCCUGCUGCCGCCUCAGCCCUCCCGGUUCCCCCGCUUCUGCCUCUGUCCUCCUGGUCCCCCUGCUUUCGCUCAACAUGGCUGCCUGUGUCUGGGCGGCCGUAUCUUUCUUGGCCGUUCUGGGCAUGCGCUCUGCGGAUGCCCAGGACGGCUGAGAAAGACACGGGCCGGAAAAGGACACGGGAUCACACUCAAGGCUUUUAUUAUAGAGGAUGUCAGUAACACCAUUACAAACACAGGUGCUCUCAGCAGUUGAGUGUGUUUUUGUUCUUUUCUACAGUACCCUUGUGGUUCUAACAGAGGGAGGGGACCCCAGGAAAAUGUGAUGUGUAAAACUUUAACAAUUGGAAAGCAAAUUAAAAGGACCUAGAUGAUG